AUGGAUUCCACUAUACUGCUUACAUCAAGAGCUAUAGGAGUAGGAUUUCUCUACUUCCCUAGUCACUCCAAUCUUACUGUUUUCCUUAUUGGUAGAUAUUCUUUUUAUCUAAGAUUGUACUAGAUUAGAAAUUUUUAAGAGUUAGCUUAUUACAACGGAGGUGGCAGAGCCUCUAUUGUAGGAGUGAGCUUAAUCAUCAUAUUUACAUUUGCCCUCUACCCAUCAGCAUAUUUCAGUACAGAGCAUAAUGCCGACUUCGAUGAGAAUCAAAGUUUGGAAUCAGGUAUUAUUCUAGCAAGUUCGCUAGUUCUCCUCUAUCCUUGCUAUAAUUAUAAAUUUGAGUAAUUCAGAAUAAUCCAAUUACUUCCAACAAUGUGCUUCGCAUUUAGUUUUGAAUGCUCAGUUAUGCCUGUCCACUCUAUAUCCAGACUCAAGGACUAUAAUGGAAAAAGAAGCUAUAAAGCAUGCUUUUACUGCCUCAUCAUUGCUAUGAGCUACUACAUAAUAUUAAUGAUUCAAUCAGUUCUCUACGGAGACAUAUUUAUUUAAUGUAGCUAGCUUCAUUCAGCUGAUUUUCUCACAAUAAUCUUAAAUGGAAACAAAAACGAUUCAAUCUCCAAUGCGCUUUCAGUUAUCCUGCUUUUUCUGGUACUAAUCCAAAGUAUUCUCCAGUUACUUUACACAUUUUACGAGAGUCGGACUCACAUUCAUAUUUUAUUUGAGGAGCUGAUCUAUAGAGAUACUAGCGAGUAUGUAGAUAAGAGGAAAAGACAAGUAAAGUUCGAUGAGUAAGAGCGGAGACUAUCUAGCAAGUAAAUGAUUGAGACAGCAUUUCCAGACCCUACCAGCAUAGAGAACAGUCAGAAAGAAAACAUUAGAAGACUGUGCUUCUUCAUUCUCUACAUGAUUAAUUUGGUUAUAGCUUGCUUACCUUCACAAAACCUUGCUGAGUAUAUCAUCAAUUUCGGAGGAUCCACUACUAUACCCAUGCUAGUAAAUGUAGUGCCUGGGUUUUUAUACUAUUAAUUAAGCAGGCAGAGCGAUGAACGCGAAGGAAAGCAUUAACUACUGUCUUUGAUAUUUGGAUUUAUAGGCAUUAUCCAGAUAAUAGUGUACACGACUAUCAGUCUCUAUGUCUAUAUUAUCAUAACUAACUAGUAAUUCUCUUGA